ACAAACCACAGCAAAGCAAAGCAACAAGGCAGCACCCAAAAUCCAAAAAUCACUGGCUGACCAACCAAACCACCACCCUGCAAGGCAAGCCAAGCGGCAAGCGACGAGCGACAAGCAACGAUGAGCAGCAACGCUGUUCAGUACCUGGCUCGGCGCCGGUCGCCGAUUCGUUACACAUCGCGGUCGUUGCGAUCGCCAACACCCCCGCCCGCACCCGACUUUGACGCGGGCGAUGACGAGUCUCCAGCCAGCCCUGGUGUGGAGGCACCCAUUGCAGACACUGAGCAAGCCAAGAGCAUGGCCCCUGCCACCGAGGAAGAGGUGAACCGCCGCGCGUUGGCCAUCGCAGGGAAAGUGGCCGCCCUCACCCUGCUCGCCGUCCCCGUCUGCUACCUCUUCGACUUUUUUGGCGAGAACCUCUCCGGGUUUGGCACCUUCCUCUUUGGCCUCACCAUCCUCAUUGGAUUCCCCAUGGGCCUGCGCGACAUGUUCUCCGUCAUCCCGGACCACGACAUGUUCAUGUACUUCUUCUCCGUCUUCGCCUUCACCAGCGCCAUUGACUUUAUCCUUGCCUUCACCAUUGACAAGCGCAACGCCGUCCUCGUCGACUACCUCGAGCGUGGCGAGCCCUAUCUGUCCACGGCGUACGGGUUUGCGGCCAACCUGUGGGACGGCACCGCCCACUGGCUGCUGUACAUUAUCAUGAUCUUCGGCCUGGCCUCCCACAACCCGGCACUCUACCGCUCGUACUACCUCUACUGGAUCGGCUCCAUCACGUUCUCCCUGUGCAAGCUCAUGCCUGGUGCCGCCAUCGGCCACUUUAGCCACGCCAUGGACUACUCCGCCUUCCUCAACGUCCCGUUCAUCCUCCUCCCCGUGUACUUUCUCAAGCGCGUCAUUGACACGCCGCGCCCGAUCGAGCCUGCCAAGCGCGGCACAGCGUGGAUGGAGGCUGCCUUUGCCGCCUUGCUCUCCGUCGCCGUCAUUGUCCUUGGCAUCCGCUUUGCCGCGGCCAACAACUCCGACCUGCCCAUUGCUGCCGCCUGGCGCGAGGUUGAGCCCACGCUCGAUGACCCCUCUCGCUUCUUCGCCGUCACCAGCAUGGUGCACCUCUACUACGCCGUGCCCAUGAUGAGCGUGCUCAUCGUCACCAUGCUCUUUGGCGCCUCCCGCACCCAGCGCGGCUUCUGCAGCGACGUGGCCGUGCUGCUCGCUGGCGGCAUGGGCGAGUCGCAGUUCUGCUACAUGGUGUCUGCCUUCCACCACCUCACCCCAGACAACCUGCGCGUCUCCCCAGACUCGUGCGGGUUUUGGGGCAUUAACGUGGGCCUCGUUGUCCUCACCCACGCCAUUGCCGUCUACCUCACCUCUCGUCGCGGCCUUGCAGGCAUCUUCAAGUGAUGACUGACUGUCGUGCAAGGGUUGUGUGGGUACGUGUAUACGUGCGUACGCGUGUUUUGUGUGUGUGUGUGUGUGUAUGUGUGCGUUGCACGUGUGCUCACGUACGUUGUAUGUACGUGUGCGCAUGCGUUUGUCUGCUUGUCACACGCACACGUCGCGUGUCUACACGCCACAGCAAGUCCUGUACUCCCGUUGUUUUGUAUCAUUGAAUGUGUUGUGUGAAUAUGCCACGUGCCUUCUUCAUCAUUGUUACUCUGCUGCUGUUGCUGCUUCUUGGCACACACACUUGUGUGCCCUUGGCUCUGCACGUCCUGGUUUUUGUUACGAUUUCAUGCACAAUUUGUUUUUGGCAUUCGUGUUGUGGUGUUGCC